CUAGGCCAACAAUAGGGGUGGCGGCCAUGGAGGGGAGGGGGACCUGAGAGCUAUAAAGCCUCCCUCGGCCUGUUGGGAGCUGGUGAGGACAGCUGACAGAGCUGCGUUGCAGGUCUUCCGACGCCAUGGGCACGCGAUUCCUCCUUGCUCUGUUUCUUGUCCUCCUGGUACUGGGAUUGGAGGUCCAGGCGGACCCUGAGUCCCGGCAAGAUGAGCCCGCCAGCCCAGCCCUGCUGGCCCAGAUGCGGGAGUCGUUCUCCAGUUACUGGGACUCGGCCAAGGCCGCAGCCCAGGACCUGUACCAGAAGACGUACCUGCCCGCCGUGGAUGAGAAGAUCAGGGACAUGUACAGCAAGAGCACAGCAGCCGUGACCACGUACGCAGGCAUCUUCACAGACCAGCUCUUUUCUAUGUUGAAGGGGGAGCAGUAGGAGCCAGUCCCACCUGCCACGGACCAUGGGGCAUGGGGAUGGGAGAGCCCAGGCCGCACCCCUUCUCCCUCCCCCCACCUCCUGCCCUGCCCAGGCCUGGACUGCACUCCCCCUUCUUCCCAGUCCUCCACAACCUGCUUCCCAGCCCACCUAAAUCCCUGCCAAUAAAACGAUUCCAAGUUGA